UAUUUACAGUAAUUUACAUUUCCUUUAUAGACAACCUUGCCAAAUAUGAAAUGGGUGGAUCACAAAGGGGUGUUUAACGUUAGUCUGAGAUCAGUAUCAUCUGUACACACACAGGAUGACAAGUUAGAAAAGUUCCUGUAUAAUUGUCGUAUGACCCUGGAACAGAAACUGCCUCCCAGAAAAACAGAGUCUUCGUUUGAGAAUGAUCUGAGACAGAGCAUACAGGAGGUUCCCAAGGCCCGCGGGGAGAAUCUGAUCCAAUUCCUCCCCCUGAUACUGGACAGACUGUUGUACCUCAUGGUCAGACCCCCUAUACUGGGCGGCCAGCAAGCUAACAUUGGACAGCCAGCUUUUGAGGGGGUUAUUUUGGUCGUGAAGAGAGUUCAUGAGUUACUCUCUGAGAAGAAUGACCGCAAUGGCCGUAACCUGACCCUGGCUAGCUAUGUCCACUUCUCCUGUAGUCUGCCCCACCCCGGACCACUCCAUCACUGUUCUACAGAGCCAUCCCUGGGAUCUGGAUACAACACACUCGGUCGUCCGUCUUCACUUCCUGUCUCAAAUAAAUCCUUCCAGAGGAGCACUAGUAACCCUGAUCUAAACGCACUCACCCCCACUUCACCAGACAACGAGAUAUCAGCCAUUCUGGGAGGCACCAAGUUCUUAGACAGGACAGGAAGCAUGAGAGCAGAUGAAUUCAACCAACCACAGAUGAUGAAAAACAGGGCCAAGAAGCUUGUCCAUGAGGAGCUUGUUCUACAGUGGUUGGUUCUCAGUGGACAGAACAGAGACCAUGCAUUCGCCCACUCCUGGUUCUUGUUUGAACUCAUUAUAAAAAGUAUGGCUGAACAUCUUAACAAAACCCAGAAGCUGGAUGUUCCUCGUCAGAUGAGGUUCAAUGAUAAACCUUUUGUGGAGGAUAUUGAGGCCUUAAUGAACCUAGUCAACAAGGAAAUCACUGACAAGUACAUCAAGGAGCCACAGAUAAUUCGGAGUCUUAACACCAGUCUGGCCUUCUUCUUACAUGACCUUCUGAGCUUCAUGGAUCGAGGUUUUGUCUUCAAUCUCAUCGCCAAUUACUGUGGGGCGAUAGCAGAGAAGAUCCAGACUUUAUCGGACUCCACCACUCUGAUGUUACAUAGACUGGACUUUCUACGGAUUGUCUGCAGCCAUGAGCAUUACUUUCCUCUGAAUCUCCCGUUUGGGACCCCUCUGACUCCCACCUCUGGUAAAGCUGCCAGCCCCACCCCCAGUAUCCAGAGCACGAAUUCAAUGUCGUCCUACACGUCCACGUCGACACUAACGGAUCGUGGACAAUUCUACGAGCUCACACUACAGUUCAGACAGCAACACUUCCUGGUGGGCCUUAUUCUGUCUGAUCUCAAGGUGGCCCUGGAUACACAUAAUCCAAAUAUACAUCAGAGAGCCAUCAAUGUUGUUCGUAAUUUACUGUACAACCAUGACCUUGACCUUCGUUACAUGGAUGUGGAGAUGAAGGCUCGGCUGGCGGCGCUGUACAUGCCGAUUAUCGGGAUUGUGAUCGAGGCCCUCCCCCAGCUGAGUGACCCCGGUCUUGACCUUCGGAGACACACCUGCCCAGAGGAAGAGGAGGCAGAUAAGAUCAGUCACAGUGUGGCCCUGGAGAUAGCUGGGGCAUCUGUGUUUGCUGGGAGAGUUCAGGAAUAUCCUGGUGGCCUGGAUGAACCAAAGAGCAAAAAGAGUCCCCUGACGACUGAGUGCACUCGUAAUUUAUUGAUCUGUUUCCUGUGGGUGAUAAAGAACGCAGACGAGACAGUCCUCCGUCAGUGGUGGAAUGAGCUCAAUGUGAACGUACUCGCUCAGAUACUGGAUGUCCUGUACUUCUGCAUCUCAAACUUCGAGUACAAGCAGAGUUUUAUGAUCUGUGGUGCAUGCUUGGUGGAGGAAGAUAUUGACAACCUAAAUGACCCAAUCCUGUAUAUUUGUCUGUGA